AAGACAUGGCACGUUCUACGUCGCAAGACGCAGAAGACUGGCCUGAUUGUGAGGGUCCCAGAGAGCGAGGGACGGAGGGAGGGAGGGGGUGACCGAGGGAGAGAGAGAGAACGAGAAAAAGUGGGGGAUUACCUCACAUCUCACAUGUUGCACUGGAUCAUUCCCUCUAUUGUAGCAGAAACAAUGACGGCCGAGCGUAGAAGGCUUAAAACGGCGAGGACGAGACGGGCACACAGCAGAGGAAAGCGCCGCGAGAGACCGACACCAGCAGAGAGGAGGAUCCUGUGCGUUUUUUCGGCCUGUAGGUGGACUCAGUCCCAGGCCUGUCCUUGAUGCUGUACACUCUGGCCGGCGGGGGCACACUGUGUGGUGUGGCCGCCCUGGUGCUCCUCAUCGUCUCCACGGCAACCGACUUUUGGAUGCAGUAUCGGUACUCUGGGAACUCAGCCAAUCAGGGCCUCUGGAGGUUUUGCAUCAAUCGCAAGUGCCAUGCCCACACGCUGACUGUGGCCUUUUGGGACGCGACGCGGGCCUUCAUGCUGCUGUCUGUGCUGAGCUGCUUUGCUGGAGUGGUGCUGGGCCUCAGUGCCUUCGCCAACGGAACCAAGAACAGGAGGGUCAGAACCGGGGGCAUCGCCCUGCUGCUGUCCGGAUUUCUUGCGCUGUUAGCUUUGGCAAUCUACACUGGAGUGACUGUUAACUUCUUUGGAAAGCGCUACAUCGACUGGAGGUUCUCAUGGUCCUACAUCCUGGGCUGGAUAGGCAUCAUUUUGGCUCUAGCAGCUGGUGUUUUGCAGCUGUGUGCCUUUCAGAAGGACGCUGCUGAGCCUGCGCCUCCAAACGCUUCAGACAGUUAAAUCUCUCCUGAGCGACACAUGAAGUUUCAGCAAUACUAGCCCAGACUCCUGGACCGUACCUCUGGCUAUGAAAGUGAUCAGCUGCUGCAAAAUGACUUCAAAAUCUGGAAAAUUCUUUAGAGUAUUUGUAUUCUGGAAAAAGCGACGCUGCAUCUGGAUUGAAUAAAGUAUUUUUUGGACUAUUUUGAUUUGUACUGAGCUGCUCUGAGUUAAUACAAAGCUAUAUCACUCA